AUCUGUUAUCUGUCCUUUACGUAUGCCGUUUAGUGCGGAGAACGAUCCCGUAUUUAUACUGGCCAUUCGACACUUGAACUCACUCUCUCAUCUAACACGAAUAAAGAUGCCAUCACACAACAUCGAUUUCAAGACUCCAAUCAAAGAAAUCCCAAUGGCGGAACUUAUGAAAACCAGUCAUGCUCCUGAGCACGCAGGUGGCUUUGGUGACGUCUGGAAAUGCAUCUGGUCUACCUCUUCUAGUAAUCCCCCUACCACAGUCGCAAUCAAGGUAGUGAGGGUCAAUCCACAUAUGGUGACAUCGUUGAAAAUGGCCACACGGGAUAUACGACGUGAGGCCUGCGUCUGGGCUAAAUUGAAACACGAUCAUAUCCUCUCGCUUCACGGAAUUACAACUGGUUUUGGAAUUUUACCAGCAUUCGUUUCAUCAUGGAUGACGAAAGGGUCUCUCGAUAGCUACCUGAAACAACAACCCUGGCUUUCGACAUUACAGAAGCUGGACAUGAUAGCAUCUGGUCUCAAGUAUUUGCAUGAAAAAGACAUUGUCCACAACGAUUUGACACCGAACAACAUACUCAUCGAUAGCGACGACAAACUUUGCCUCGCAGACUUCGGUCUCUCAAUGAUCCUCCCACAAUCGGGAAGCUUCAUGUUCUAUUCCUGCCACGCGGGUAAUGCGCGUUGGAUGGCCCCCGAAAUGGUUGAUGUUUGGCAGGCAAAGCCCACAAAGCCCGCAGACGUAUAUUCUCACGGUUGUAUCAUGCUUCAGCUACUUUGUGGUCAACAACCUUACUUCUGGGUGCUGAAUGCGUUUCACGUGAUGGCAGCGAUAUUGAGAGGAAGAAAGCCCUUCCGCGAGCUCACCGGCAUUGACGAAGAUCAGAAGCAGUAUUGGCUGGAAUGUCUGUCCACUGAUUUCAAUGCUCGACCUAAAGUUCAGGAAAUUGUAGCGUUCCUAGAAGCCGAGAUCAGAAAAUUUGAUGACGAGUAAUUAUAAUCAGCGCAAUUCAUACGGCUACUAUGAAUACUUUGUCCGUAUCGAUUCACGACCUCACACACCUUUCAGUCACCUUUGCACUUAUCACCGUGCUUUAAAAGUCUGCGUUCGGAGCUUAUCUUCCUGAACACGCGCGCCUGUCAAGCGUGACGAGUGAACUUCUACUACUAUUUUAUGCGAGGGCCGACUCUAAUCCGCAAACUGACUCGCACUCCAACUGACGCAUGUAGCCAUCAACUAACAGUACAGCGAGUCAACGUUCAU